GAAAGGAAAGACGCCCGAACGGGUUGUGGUCGCUGUCAAAAUGACUAGGAUCCUCGUGAUCUUAAGCCAAGUGGAUAUUAUUUGAAACGUUUGGGGGCGUGUCUAACCUCUGAGUAUUUAAACCGGAUGGGUUAGGAAGGAAUAGACCCAGUAGGUCGCAAGCGUUCCUUCCGACGAACCGGCUGCGCCUGAAGCUUCUACGUUAUCAAGAGAGAAUUUGCCCUUACUGGCCUUAGCUAUUAUUAUAACGAUUGUACUACUACUAUCUUGUUAAACCAGUCCUUUCAGUAUAGAUAUCUACAAACCGCGUUUAGUUGAUAUCGGAGGAGCUACUAAGGCUUGUCGGAGCGCUCAUAACUCCUUGUAGAGUUACUAGUUCGAGAGGCAAGGACGUUAUAUUCGAGGUAAACACAACAUGGGGAAUUUCAGCCAACAACUGAAGGCUCUGCUGAGAAGGAACUUCCUUCUGAAGCUGAGAGACAAGCAGUCGACGUUUCACGAACUGUUUUGGCCACUGUACUUUGUUGCUAUCCUGGCUAUGAUCAACGCGUUCACGGUUGGGAAUACACCCUUGGUCCAGCCUGCUAUCCCUGAGGGAGGGGGGCGCUUCAACAGCACGCCACUUUUUAGCCCACUAGCUGGAUCAAUAUUUGGCCAAACAAAAGAGAUCGCUGCAGCUCCGAACACCUCCGAGGUAGCUGCCAUCAUGGACCAAGUGGUGGUCAGUCUCAACAACGUCUCGGUGCCGAUCGUCUACACAUUGUUUCCAACACCACAGGCCAUGCAAGAUGCCCACAGAGCCAAUCCCACUAACUACAGUGCAGGAGUGUCAUUCACCAUGUAUGGGAACAGUAGUGUAGACUACACCAUACAUAUACCACACACUGCAGCUGUCAGAUCAACCAACAAUAUCUAUUCAGGCCAAGAUCAGUGUAGGCAGGGAGCUCCGCUUUCACAGUUCGGCUGUACUGUGAACAACUAUCUCUACAAUGGCUUUGCAGCCCUCCAAGUGGCCAUUGAUACAGCCUUGAUCAAAAUGCAGACCAACCUGACGGACACGAGCCUUCCCAACUACCAGGUGGAGAUGAUGCCCAAACCUGCGUACCGAGGCUUCUCCAUUAUCUCCUCUUUGUCCUCUAUCUACUUUGUCCUGGCCUACAUGCCAUUCGUCGCAACCCUCACUGUCUACCUGGUGUCCGAGAAGGAGAAGAAGAUCAAAGAGUCUAUGAAGAUGAUGGGACUGAAUAGCAUGGCUUUCUGGACAAGCUGGUUGGUUGUCUACAUGACUAUCAUCGUCCUUGAGUCUCUGGUCUGCAUUGGAAUCUCGUAUGCCGCCGGGUUAUUUUCCAAAAGCAACUUCUUCUUUUACCUCAUCAGCUUUUUCCUGUAUGGACUGAGUAUGGUCAACAUUGCAUUCAUACUGACAACAUUCUUUGACAAAGCAAGGACUGCAGGGGCAGUAGCAGCCCUAUCUACCCUGUGUGCCAGUGCACUGGUCCUCCCCAUCUCACUGUUACCUGCCGACUUCCCACAGGCUGCUCAGUGGGCCUUGUGCCUUUUAUCACCUGUUGCCUUUGCAACCUCAAUCAAUCAGGCUGCUAUCCUGGAACGAGGUGCGGGUGCCCAGUUUUCCAAUGUUGCCAGCGAGCCUGACAACUUUCCAUUGCUGUACCCUAUCAUCAUGCUAAUUGUCGAUGAUGUACUGUAUCUCCUCCUGGCUCUGUACUUCGACAAAGUCCUUCCAGGAGCGUACGGUAAGAACCUGCCCUGGUAUUUCUGCCUCUCACCAUCGUAUUGGCAAGGGAGGAAGGAGACAGAUGGGGAGGCGCCCAUGCCCGUUGGAGACGACAACAACAUUAACAACGAGAACGUUGAAAAGGUCCCAGCAGAACUUGCAAAUAAGGUUGCAAUUAGGAUUCAGAAGAUCAGAAAGGCAUUCAGGCAGAAGCGCAAGGAGGACGUUGUGGCUCUAAAUGAUUUUUCACUGGAUAUCUACGAAAACCAGAUCACGGCACUGCUGGGUCAUAACGGCGCCGGGAAGACCACCCUUAUCAACGCCAUCACGGGCUUGCUCUCCCCUACCUCGGGAACAGCCACCAUCUUCGGUCGCGAUGUCACCGUCACCAAUGACAUUGCCGAUCUCCGAACCAUGACGGGUGUCUGCCCACAACAGGACAUCUUGUUUCCGAAGCUCUCCGUCAGAGACCAUCUGCAACUGUUUGCAGCUAUCAAGGGGAUACCUGAAGACCAGGUGGACUCACAGAUCGAGGUUAUCAUGCAGGAGGUUGACUUGAAAGACCAGGCGAUCACAUACUCAGAGAAACUGAGCGGUGGACAGAAGCGGAAGCUGUGCGUGGGCAUAGCGAUGAUCGGCGACCCCAAGGUCAUCUUCUUGGACGAGCCGACCAGCGGGAUGGACCCGUUCUCGCGCCGAUCCAUCUGGGCACUGCUGAAGAGGAAGAGGCAGGGAAAGGUCAUCGUGCUGACCACACAUUUCAUGGACGAGGCUGACAUCCUCGCAGACCGUAAAGCCAUCAUCUCGAAGGGUACGCUAAGGUGCGCUGGUUCAUCGCUUUUCCUGAAGAACCGGUAUGGCGUCGGUUACCAUCUUGGACUUGUGACGAGUCUAAACUGCGACAGCGCCCAAGUCACAGCGAAGAUACAGGAACACGUCCCCGAGGCUGAGCUGAUUCGUUCCCAUGCCAUGGAACUGUCGUACACACUCCCCCUGGAGAGAGUGGAGAACUUUGCAGACUUGUUCUCGAUGCUGGAUAGUAACUCCGGUACCCUGGGGAUCCAGAACUAUGGCAUCUCCAUGACAACACUAGAGGAGGUGUUCCUGAAGCUCCGAGAGGAUGAAGAAGCCGAGGAGGGGGGAAAAUCAUCAAAUGGAAUUGCCAAAACUGAUGGUUUUGAAGUUCGUGUGGGUGCGACUGAAGUGGACAUGACGCCAGCACGACAGUUCAGCCCUUCAGACUACCAACUCAUCACCGGGAAAGAACUCACCAAGCGUCGUAUGAAGGCCCUUCUCAAGCUCAAGUUUACCAACAGCACCAGGAGCGGAGGUCUCAUCUUUGUUAGGUUCAUUAUGCCAGUCAUCUUCAUGUUAGCUGGGAUCCUGGCGAUGAGAGCCCUCCAAUCAGGACAGAGUACGGGCGUAAACCCACUGCUGGAACUGACCCCUAACCUCUACUUGUCCACAGGCCAGACACUGCUGUACCAGAACAGCACAGGGUCAAGUUUGCAAGAGUUGGUUGCCCAGUUUGGUAACCUGAAUGUGAACACAGAACUUGGAAAUCUGAGUGUUCUCCCAGAGAUGGUCACACCCAGAACGCUUGCAGUGGAUGUGCAAGGCCUUACUGUUUCAUCUCAGGCUGUUUCAGGAGAAUUCACAGCCGUCUACAACGAUACUGCCAUCCACUCCAUACCCAUACUCCUGAAUGUGCUCAACAAUGCCUUAUAUGGACUGGCUUUGCAAAGCAGUGGAGAGUCUCCCUCUGGGAGGAUGAUCCGACUCUUCACAGAACCUUGGCCACAACUAACUAGCACAGUGAGUGCAGGUGCCAAUGGAGGUCUGCUGAUACUUGUUGGGUUUGCCUUGCUGGGCAUUCCAUCCAGCUUUGCCUCCGAGGUGGUCAGGAUAAGAGAGGUGAAAGGACGAGCCCAGCUGCGUGUGUCUGGGGUGACCUCUAGAGUGUAUUGGGGAACUCUCUUUAUCUAUGACUGGAUGAUCUACAUGAUCCCAGUAACGCUCAUGUUCAUUCUGCUGGCUGCCUUACAAUUGGACAGCCUGAGUAGCCCAGGUGCCAUGGUAUCCCUGUUGUUUGUGGUGUUACUGUAUGUUCCUGUGACCAUCCUGGUGUCCUACUGUGGUUCCUUCCUGUUUGAGAAGAGUGAGACUCUGGAUGCUGCCUUCCCCAACAUGUUGAAUAUGGCUGGCAUCCUGCCGUACUUCUGUAUCUGGCCGGUGGACGGGUUUGCCCAGGCGACCACAGCUGCCACUAUCUUACACUACGUCUUCGUCAUCAUCGACCCAAUGUACACCAUCUUGGGCGCCUUGUAUUGGAUCGAAAGGGUGAACCGGGUUGCUUUCUAUACUACUGGGGGAGGACAAGCAGCCUUCGGUGACUACUUUGCGUGGUCAGCCAACAUUUCCAUCUGCUAUGUUGUGCUACCGUUGCAGCUUAUCGGGUGGUUUUACUUUCUUCAGUACCUGGAGAUAAAAAGCACAGGAGGAGACCCAUCCGACCUCUUCAGAUUCGGUUCCAAAAAACCCACAGCGACAGACAGCGGACACUCCAACCUCUCAUUCUCUAAGAUCCCGACAGACAACAACGCUAAUGACAGUGACGUCCUGGAAGAACAGAGGAGGGUGGACUCAUUCCUGGACAAUCCAGGAGCCAGCGAGCCCCCUGCAGUGGUUGUUCAGAACGUGAGAAAGACCUUCAUCAAGGACACGACGGCCUGCGACUGUCGCAGGAGGAAGAAAGCGGAGAAGGAGAAGGUUGCCGUCCAGCAGGUGUCGCUGGCCGUACAGCAGGGAGAAGUCUUUGGACUGCUCGGUCCGAAUGGCGCGGGAAAGACGACCACCAUGGACGUCAUCACUAGUGAACUUGCACCAACCAAAGGAAGGAUUGUAGUGGGAGGGUAUGAUGUCCAGUCCAGUCUGUCCGCAGCCUUCCAGGCUAUGGGCUACUGUCCGCAGCUUGACCCCUUGUUUCCGCUGACCACUCUUCGUGAGCACCUGGAACUGUACGGCACCAUUCAAGGGUUGAAUGACGAGGAUCUGCAGUCUGUUGUCAAUUAUUUUAUAGAGGCAAUGGAGAUUGAAGAACAUCAAGACAAGAAGACCCCCAAAUUGUCUGGUGGGACAAAACGGAAGGUGAGCUUUUUGAUCAGCCUGUUGGGAAACCCCAAGAUUGUACUGAUGGACGAACCAUCAACUGGUAUGGACCCGGGUGCUAAACGCUUCUUAUGGAACACCAUCAGCUCUGCGUUUAACGACAGCAGUCGGGGGGCCAUCCUCACCACACACUCCAUGGAGGAGGCUGAUGCUUUGUGCUCGCGAGUGGGCAUCAUGGUCAACGGUCAACUCAGGUGUCUAGGCUCCACCCAGCAUCUGAAGACCAAAUAUGGCAGUGGCUACAUGUUGGAUGUCAAGGUCAAAGAGGACGGAGAUGCCAAUGUCCUUGAGGCAAGAUUGGACCAGUUGGAUGAAUUUGUUCAUGAGCUGUUUCCCAGUGCGGCAGAGGCAGAGCUGAUCGGUAACAGAGUGACAUACAACAUUCCAAAGGAGAACGUCAACUCACUGGCAGCUGUCUUCACAGCCUUGGAGGAAGGGAAGAGUAAUGCUGGGAUUGAAGAAUACACAUUCAGCCAGUCUACUCUUGAGCAGGUUUUCCUGCGUUUCGCUCGCCAUCAGGAUGACUCCAGCGGCGGGGUGGAGUUGGACAUCAAGAAAAAGUCCAUCAAACGACAGCGAUCUCUGAACUCGCCAAGUCCCAGCGGCGAGACUCCAGGACCUGUACGGAUCGAGGUGUAACAUUCAGAAGGAUAUUUCUG